AUGUUAGAAGGAAAAAACUUUAAAAAAUACGCACCUCAUAAUGUUUUAACAAUAGGAAACAAUCCCGUAACAUUUGAAUAUUCUAUUUGUUUAAAACUUUAUGGUAAAGAAUCAGUUUUUCAAGUUACGAAAGAUGAAAAUGCAUUUAGAGAAAAUGGUUUAAUUGGAAUGAAUUUACUUUACGAUCAAAAUUUUAAAAUUGACUUAGAAAAAGGUAUUUUAAACUUAGGACCUAAAAUACUUCAUCCACAACCUAGUGCAGAUAAGAAAGAUAAAAUCUGUUUUAUUAACUUUGAAGGAGGAUAUUCAGCAGUCACAAAAUAUGAUUAUCAAGGAAAUCCAAUUUUACCACCUAAUACAGCAAAAAUUGAAAGUAUGUAUGAUGCUUAUGAAGACUUAUGGAUAGAUUCUAUAAAAAAACUGACUGACGAAAAAAUGUACCAAUUCAGCAAUAAUGAAAGAAUUAAAGAAUUAUUAUCUAAAACACGACUAGACCAUAUCAAAGAAGGAAAAGAAGACUUACUAAGAAUCAUAACAGAAUUUCACGACAUUUUCCCAUUAGGAAACGACCCUUUACCUUUAACUAAAUUAACUGAGCAUACAAUUAGAACAACAGACGAUCAACCUGUAAAUACAAAACAAUAUAGAUAUCCACCUAUGUUACAAGAAGAAGUUUACCAACAAAUUAAAGAAAUGUUAAAGAAAAAUAUACUUCGAGAAAGUAUGUCUCCUUUCAAUUCACCGUUAUGGAUAGUCCCAAAAAAGAAAGACGCUUCAGGCAAAUUAAAAUGGCGAAUUGUUAUAGAUUAUCGAAAACUAAAUGAAAAAACCAUUUUAGACAAAUAUCCUUUACCGUGUAUUGAUGAGAUAAUUCAGCAGUUAGGAAAUUCUAAAUUCUUUUCUUGUUUUGAUCUUGCUUCCGGAUUUCAUCAAAUAGGAAUGAAUCCCAAGGACAAAGAAAAAACAGCUUUUAGCACAAACGAAGGUCAUUAUGAAUAUAAUAGAAUGCCUUUUGGUUUAAAAAAUGCCCCUCCAACAUUUCAAAGAAUGAUAAAUAAUGGAUUAAAAGGACUAAUAGGUAAUGGAUGUUUUGCAUAUAUUGACGAUAUUAUUGUUUACGGAAGAACGUUGGAAGAACAUAAUAAAAAUUUGAAGAAUUUAUUUAUAAGACUACGACAAGUUGGACUCAAAUUACAGCCAGAUAAAUGCGAAUAUCUGCGUCCAGAACUGGAAUAUUUAGGGCAUAUUAUUACAAAAGAAGGUAUAAAGCCAAACCCAGAUAGAAUUGACAAAGUAAAAAAUUAUCCAAGACCAAAAACUCAAAAACAGAUUAAGCAAUUCUUAGGACUUAUUGGUUAUUACAGGAAGAAAAUACAUUUGAGUGGACACAAAGAAGAAAACGCGUUUUCCGAAUUAAGAGAUAAAUUAAUAACAGCACCGAUACUACAAUUUCCAAAUUGGAAUCAAGUUUUUGUUCUAACAACUGAUGCAUCAAAUGAAGGAUUAGGAGCAAUUUUAUCACAAGGACACAUCGGAGAAGAUAAACCAAUAGCAUUUGCUUCAAGAACUUUAAAUAAGGCAGAAAUAAAUUACACGACUACUGAAAAAGAAUUAUUAGCAAUAGUAUGGGCAGUUAAACAUUUUAGACACCAUCUUUUUGGACGAAGAUUUAAAAUUGUAACAGAUCACAAACCCUUAGUUUGGUUAUUUAAUGUAAAAGAUCCGACAAGCAGAUUAAUGAGAUGGAGACUAAAAUUAGAAGAAUACGAUUAUGAAAUUAUUUACAAAAAAGGAAUUGCCAACACAAACGCUGACGCCUUAUCGCGCAUUUCAAGGGUUCAGAUGACAACAGACGGUACAUAUGAUACGUUACAACAGCAGAACGCGCGUACUACAGGUGUAAACGAGGAAAAUGAGAACAUGGAAGUAGAUACGCAAACAGAAGACGACAACUCAAUCAUUGAUGACGAAAAUAAAUACGAAAAUAUGGAAAUAGAUUCACAGACAGAAGAAAGUGAUCAAUCAAUAAUUAAAGACGAAUUCAAGGUAAUAAAAACUAUAAAAUUGAUUACAGGUACUAAAGAAAAAAGGCAAGGGUAUGCAAAUUAUUCUCUUUUGGAACCGAUAAGUAACUUGAGAGAUAUACUUAAACCUAUAAGAGACACAAAUUAUAUUUGGAAAAUAUUAGUUUAUGGAAGAAAAACAAUACCUAAAGAAAGAGCUAUAUACAAAGUAGUAAGAGAUUUUAACGAGGAAACAGAAGUACAAUGGAUCAGAGAUAUACCUCAAAUAGAUAAUGAUGACGCGAAUAAAAUACGAUUAAAAAGAAACAAAAUAGAACAAACAGGACAGUUAAUUAUAAAACGAGAAUUUGGACCGACAAGGAUAAAAGAAAUUUGGAUCACUAACGAAGAAACAGAAGAAAAUGACAAAAUAAAAAUUAGUCCUCAGGUGACAGAUGAUCAAUUAUCAGAAUUUUUAGAAAAAGAAACUAAAGAAGAAAGAUUAAGAAUUAUUUACGAGGAUAUAGAUGAAAGGAAAAUAUCGAGGAUUCUUUUUAAAAUAUGGAAAGGAGGUGACAAGGAAAUAUAUUUAAUAAAGAAACACAUUGAAACGAAUAGAAGAAAAAUUAUAGCAGAAGCACAUGAAGGAAUAUUAGGAGGACACUAUUCUAAAGAUAUUACAGUACAAAAGAUAAGAAAUAUGACAAACUGGCCCAACAUUACAAAAGAUGUUGAAGACUUCAUCAAAACAUGUGAUUUAUGUCAACGAUUUAAACAAAAUGAAAGAAAACAAGAAUAUUAUGAAGAAUCAGACAUACCAGAAGGACCAAAUGAUAAAAUAUCAAUAGAUAUAGUGGGACCAUUAAAUGAAACUACCAGCGGAAAUAAAUAUAUUUUGGUGAUUCAAGAUUUUUUAACUAGAUAUGUGCAUUUAGAAUCAUUGAAGGACAAAUCAGCAACUUUAGUCAUAGAUGCUAUGUGGAAAGGAUAUUUAAAAACGAACGGUAAACCUUUAGAAAUACUAACAGACAAUGGGAAAGAAUUUAUUAAUAACGAAUUUUCAGAUCUAAUGACCGAAUUAAAAAUAAAACAUGUAAAGACUUCAGUUUAUCACCCACAAAGUAAUGGAAAGAAUGAAAGAUCACACAAGAAGAUUAAUGAAUAUUUAAGUAUUUAUGCGCAAAAAGAUGAAUGGGAUAAAGAGUUACCUAAAGCAAUAUAG